UGGAUGCAGCUGUGCAGAGCUUCUUGCGUCCCGUUGGCUGCAUCCUCCGUCAAUAACGAUGCGCUCGGUUCAGGAAUGGAGGUCUCUCUUCUAACAGCUGCACGGUUUGUCAGUGCUGGUGUUCAGUGAUUUAGGAGAUCAGGAACAAACAGAGGAUUCAGGGGAAUUCAUCCAAACAUGUACGGUUUUGUGAACCACGCUCUGGAGCUUCUGGUGCUGAGAAACUAUGGUCCAGAUGUGUGGGAGGACAUCAAGAGGGAGGCUCAGGUUGAUGUAGAAGGACAGUUUCUGGUCCGAAUUAUCUACGAAGAUGCAAAGACAUACGAUCUUGUGGCUGCUGCCAGCAAAGUACUAAAAAUGGAUGCUGGAGGCAUCUUGCAAAUGUUUGGGAAAAUGUUCUUUGAGUUCUGUCAGGAAUCUGGUUAUGACACGAUCCUCCGAGUGCUGGGCUCCAACGUCCGCGAAUUCUUACAAAAUCUGGACGCAUUGCAUGACCAUCUGGGCACCAUCUACCCCGGCAUGCGCGCUCCGUCCUUCCGCUGCACGGAUGCGGAGAAAGGGAACAACCUGAUUCUGCACUAUUACUCUGAGAGAGAGGGUCUUCAGGACAUCGUCAUUGGCAUCAUCAAGACUGUUGCGCAGCAGAUUCACGGAACUGAGAUUGAGAUGAAGGUCAUUCAGCAGAAGAGUGAAGAAUGUGAUCACAUUAAGUUCUUGAUUGAGGAGAAGGACUCGGAGGAGGAGGCGUUUUAUGAAGACCUGGAUGGUUUCGAGGAGAACGGGACUCAAGAGACGCGGAUCAGUCCGUACACCUUCUGCAAGGCUUUCCCGUUCCACCUGAUGUUCGACAGGGAGCUCAUGCUCACACAGUGUGGCAAUGCCAUCUUCAGAGUUCUGCCGCAGCUGCAGCCUGGCGUCUGUAACCUGUCCUCAGUCUUUUCUCUGGUGCGGCCGCAUAUAGACUUCAGUUUCCAUGGCAUCCUGUCUCACAUCAACACUGUCUUUGUGCUGCGGAGUAAGGAGGGCCUGUUGAACGUAGAGACUGCGGAGAGUGAAGAUGAACUCACAGGAACAGAGAUCAGCUGUCUCAGACUGAAGGGCCAGAUGAUCUCACUUCCUGAGACGGAGAACAUCCUUUUCCUGUGCUCACCGAGUGUUAUGAAUCUGGAUGACCUGACGAGGAGAGGUCUGUACCUGAGUGACAUCCCCCUUCAUGAUGCCACCCGUGACCUUGUGUUACUGGGGGAGCAGUUUCGUGAGGAGUAUAAGUUGACCCAGGAGCUGGAGAUCCUGACCGACCAUCUGCAGCACACGCUCCGAGCCCUGGAGGAUGAGAAGAAGAAGACAGACAGAUUGCUGUAUUCGGUUCUACCUCCGUCCGUCGCCAAUGAACUUCGGCACAAGCGGCCCGUGCCGGCUAAACGCUACGACAACGUGACCAUUCUGUUCAGCGGCAUCGUGGGGUUCAAUGCGUUCUGCAGCAAACACGCCUCAGCAGAGGGAGCCAUUAAAAUCGUCAAUCUGCUCAAUGACAUCUACACCAGAUUUGACAUUCUCACCGAUUCUCGCAAGAAUCCUUAUGUGUAUAAGGUGGAGACUGUUGGUGAUAAGUACAUGACCGUGAGUGGUCUUCCGGAGCCCUGCACCCAUCAUGCAAAAUCCAUCGGUCACCUGGCCCUGGACAUGAUGGAGAUCGCCGGACAGGUGAAAGUGGACGAGGAUCCUGUGAAGAUCACUAUUGGAAUCCACACAGGGGAGGUGGUCACAGGGGUCAUAGGUCAAAGAAUGCCCCGUUACUGCCUGUUUGGAAACACUGUCAACCUGACAAGUCGUACAGAGACCACAGGAGAGAAGGGAAAGAUAAAUGUGUCAGAGUACACAUACAGGUGUUUGCAGACGGUGGAAAACGCUGAUCCUCAGUUUGAUUUGGAGUACAGAGGACCUGUGACCAUGAAAGGAAAGAAAGAGCCGAUGAAAGUGUGGUUUCUGUCACGUAAGACCUGAUGGACGCGCCGUCUGCCGUCUCUAGUGCGUUCAUGCACUAAUGUGUGUUCUCUCUGACAUCUCUGAAUAGAAACAUACUUUGCUUUCUUCAUAUUCUUCCGCUCUCAGAUUAAGGAUGUUCUUUAGUGACCCCUGCAUAUUUAAAAUGCCAAUUACCUCUGAAUCACAGAUAAUGAUAAAAGGGUAUUACACAGCUGAUGGGAAACAAGCUCUGCACAUUUCACACAGAAAUAUGAAAAUGACGGUACAUUUGAUAUUAACGAUACUACUCUUGAGAGCCAACUAUUGAAUUGAUUUAAUACAGAAACUAAUACAGAAUAAAUACUUCUGGAACAUGCUACAGAUACUCUAUGCAACAUGUUUAUUUCCAUUAUUUUUAUAUUUUAUAGCAGAGAAUGGGACAGUGUUUCAUCACUGAGCAAAAACAGUUAUUUCACUUUGUCUGUAUUUAUUCCUGAAACACCGUUUUAGUUUUAAUUGUGCGCAUUAAUUGAGAUUAAUAAACGUGCAGAUGUUCAGAAUCACAUGUAUUAUAUUGGAAAUAACACUCUAUGAUUAAUUUUGAUAGUCGGAUGCAUGCUGUAAAUAAUAAAAACACAUAUAUUUACACUCUUACCGUACAUCAGAGAAUUUGCCAAACAUUUACAUAUAAGCUAUUUUAUGAUCACAAUUUAGUAUUUGUUAUUGUGUUGCUAUGAUGAGUCGUAAACGACCAGUUUCUGAAUAUUAACCCUUUGUGGAUGGGUUUGUAUUGGUGUUUGUCGGUUCAUGUGGAUCUCACUGAUAGAGCUCUGUAUUGUAAACCUGUCAUGUCACCAUGCCUUUAUCACAGGUCCUCUGUCAUUAAAUUAAUAAAACAUCAUAGAAACAA